UCAUCACUUCUUGAAUUUAUUAGAUCUUUUUAAAGUUGUUGACACUAUCAGAUGAUUCUGCUUCGCCAAUCGGAUCGAUGGGUGCCUUGGAACAAAUUCCUCAGUCACCUUACCAUCCCAACUGUGUUUCCUUCCAUGUGUCUUCGUUUUGCUUUUGUUGCUUCCACUUCUUUGUUGCCUAGGUGAGAGAUCUCCAUCCUUGACCACCUUAUCAAAGCAUAUGUCUAGCAUAGCAUCCUCAUUAUCCCCAUCGGACAUGUCAUCACCAUCUCCCAAGUCAAUAUCAUAAGCUGUAGGUGAUGUUGCUUGCUGCCCCAUAUGCCGAGGAGAUGUGGUACUGGUUGUGCAAAUUUGCUUAUGAACUGAAAACCAUCAAAAUACCUUAUGAAAAUAGCAUAAUCAUUAGAGUUAGAGUUGUCUUCGACAUGUUUUCAUAUUCUGACAACAGAAAAAUUUACCUAAUACUUGAUAUUCUAUUCAAAAUACAGUUGGAUCUCACUAACAAACUGGAGUAACUAGACUUAAAGAAUCAACACCCCCUUAUAUUUGCAAUAUUCAUUUGAUCACAAAUUGCGUCUUAGCUCAAAUUUUGUAUGGACGUGAUCGGAUAGAAUUUGUAUCUACAAAUAUAAAUUUCAGAUUGAUGUAAAAAAAUGUAACCUACUCAUAAAAAUUGUACAACAUACAUGUAAACAAAACGUAAUUUACACAUAAAAUUUGCACGGUACACAAAAAUACUAGAAACUAAAAGACAUAGGUUCAUCAAUUUAACAGGAAAGAAAAGAUUAAAAAAUUUAAAGAGUUGGCAGCUAAGCUAUGGGGCAAUUCAUCGUGUGGAGUUUCACUAUUUUUUUAAAGUUUGGUACGCCAAAAUGCCAAAUCUUUUUAAAAGUAUCUAUAAAUGGGAGAGGAAUGCAUAUUGUUUGAUCAUCCACAAAUUAAAUAUCAACAAACUUCUAUAAGUUAAUUAAAUUCAUCCAAAAUGGCAUUCAAGGCAAAUGUUUUGCUUAUUUAUUCUUUGGUUCUUCUGAUAAUAUCAUCAGAGGUUAUUGCAAGAGAGAUGGUUGAGCCUUCACUUCCAAUGCUUGAGUCAAAUGAAGUUCAGAACACAAUUAAGAUGAACGACGCAACGCUUCACGGUCAGAAAAAAGAUGGCGGGAGGAAAGGAAAAGUUGGUUUUAAUUUAAUGUGUUUUGCUUGCGAAUGCCCAAAAAAGAAUGAUGACGACAACGACGAUGAUAACAACAAUAACAAUAACAAUAACAAUAACAAUAACAGCAACAACAGUGGUGGUUUUGUCGAUGAUGUAUGUAAAGCCAUGUGCUGUUAGAAACAAAAGGAUCACAAGCACUGAAUAAUCAUUUUCUUCUGAUCCAUUACCUAAUAAUAUAUACUUUGUGCCCUAAUAUUAUAUACUUUGUGUAAUAAUAUGAGAUUGGUUGAAUAAAGGAAAACUUUGAGUUAUCCUCAUGUUAUUUUCCACUUUGUUUGUAAUAAUAAUACGAGUUAUCACGAAAAAAGUAAAAUAGUACGAAUUGUAGUACUGCUUACUCAAUUGUUAUGUGUGCAAAUUGUACAUGAGACUAU